GUUUGUUGUGGGGCCCAAUAUCCGGUGUCCGCCCGCCCUCGGCUCCGCCGCCGCCGCCUCCGCGAUGCUGUCCCGGUCCCGUUGCGUGUCCCGGGCGUUCAGCCGUUCGCUCUCCGCCUUCCAAAAGGGGAACUGCCCUCUAGGGAGACGUUCCCUGCCUGGGGUCUCCUUAUGUCAGGGACCAGAAUACCCUGACAGCAGGAAGAUUGUCAUUAACAACAGUAGUUUCUUCGGCGUUCGUUUCUUCAGAACUACUUCCGUUUGCAAGGAUGAUGUAAUUACAGUUAAAACCCCAGCGUUUGCAGAAUCUGUCACAGAGGGGGAUGUCAGGUGGGAGAAAGCCGUUGGAGACUCAGUUGCUGAAGAUGAAGUGGUUUGUGAGAUUGAAACUGACAAGACCUCCGUGCAGGUUCCAUCCCCAGCACAUGGCGUGAUUGAAGCGCUUUUGGUACCUGAUGGGGGAAAAGUAGAAGGCGGCACCCCUCUCUUCACACUCAGGAAAACUGGCGCUGCUCCUGCAAAAGCUAAGCCAGCUGAAGCUCCCGCUGCUGCAGCCCCCAAAGCAGAGCCUGUGGUAUCCGCAGUUCCUCCUCCCUCUGCAGCGCCCAUCCCCACUCAGAUGCCACCGGUGCCCUCACCUGCACAGCCUCCUGCUAGCAAACCAGUGUCUGCAGUAAAACCCACUGCUGCUCGCCCAGUAGCUGAGCCAGGAGUUGGCAAAGGUGUGCGUUCGGAACACCGGGAGAAGAUGAACAGGAUGCGGCAGCGCAUUGCUCAACGUCUGAAGGAGGCCCAAAAUACGUGCGCAAUGCUGACUACUUUCAAUGAGGUUGACAUGAGUAACAUUCAGGAGAUGAGGGCUCGGCACAAGGAUGCUUUUCUGAAGAAACACAACCUCAAACUAGGCUUCAUGUCGGCAUUUGUGAAGGCCUCGGCCUUUGCCUUACAGGAGCAGCCUGUUGUAAAUGCAGUGAUUGACGAUGCAUCCAAAGAGGUGGUGUAUAGGGACUAUAUUGACAUCAGUGUUGCAGUUGCCACUCCACGGGGUCUGGUGGUUCCUGUCAUCAGGAAUGUGGAAGCUAUGAAUUACGCAGAUAUUGAACGAACCAUCAGUGAACUGGGAGAGAAGGCUCGAAAGAAUGAACUUGCCAUUGAAGACAUGGACGGUGGUACUUUCACCAUUAGCAAUGGAGGCGUUUUCGGCUCGCUGUUUGGAACCCCCAUUAUCAACCCUCCUCAGUCCGCCAUCCUGGGCAUGCACGGCAUCUUUGAUAGGCCAGUGGCCGUGGGAGGCAAGGUGGAGGUGCGGCCCAUGAUGUACGUGGCCCUGACAUAUGACCACCGGCUGAUCGACGGCAGAGAGGCGGUGACUUUCCUCCGCAAAAUCAAGGCAGCGGUAGAGGAUCCCAGAGUCCUCCUACUGGACCUUUAGGAAGAAGCCACGUAUCCUCUGAAGUGACCAUGCAGGAACUGAAAACCAGUCUUCUCCCUGUCCCCUCACGGGUCCUGGGUUAGCCUGGUGGCAGACAGGCACAUGCUGUUGGCCUCAAACAAGGAAGCCAGGACACUAUGUAACCAGCCGUCUCAGGCCUUGUCUUGGUGUUCCUGCCAGACUCUCUCCCUCUCCGCACCCUUCUCUUACACUUGAACCCUGUAUUCCAUUAGGCUUGAGAGAGACAGAGUCUUAAAGGAUGCUCAUUAAUAUUCCUGCCUUUCUU